AUGACUAUCAGCAAUAAAAAAAGGCAGCAAUUACAGGCUCUUGAAAAGGCCAGGGCCAAUCAAAAACGUAUAAAAACAGCUCAUUUUGACAAUGAAGACAACAACAACAAAAGUGUAUUCAAGCCACUGGACUUGUACAAUGACUCUGAGACAUCACUCUGCAGACUAGGAGUGGAUGUAGUCUAUAUAGCCCCUGACCCCUGUGGCUCCGAACUGGAUCAUCCUCCAGCUUAUCCCAAUUCCCCCAAUUCUUUUGACUCUGACUCUUCUGAUUCUGAAGGAGAUUCCGACUCUGGCUCUAGCAGUGGAGAACUCCCAUGGGAACUUAGUUAUUACCGCCCACCAACUGUUGCCCAAGCGCAGACAGCACUUGCCACACUUGAUUCUGCACGCCGGACCCAACUUCCAUCAGGUGGAUACAAGUACAAAGACCUGGACCGGAUCACUGCUGAGCGAUACACUGCAAUACAAGCCUGUCUGAACCAAUUCCUUGAGGCUGAGCCAAAAGGAAAGAAAUUUAUUCAGGCAUCCAAGGAUGCAGCAUGUAUGCAUAAUCGAAGAGAUACAUAUGCCCAAACAAUCCGUAAAUGGACCCGUCGACUCAUCAAUUAUGGUGACUUACCUGGGAAUAUCCAAGGUUGGUGGAACGUAUCCACACUGGAGGAUGAGGAUGUGUCAUCUGCAAUCAGGCUUCACUUACAGAAAGCUGGGAAGUUGGCGGGUGCACAGGAUGUGGUGGACUUUCUGUCUGAUCCAGAGGUAUACAUACCUUUCCUGAAGAAAAUCGAGCGGCGGCGAAUAAUUUAUAAUCGGGAUGGUGUUGAAGAUCCUACACGUCCAUUGCGAUUACUACCUGGCGAGAAACCCAUUAUUUUGUGGUUUCACGACGAGACAAUUUUUUACGCAAACGAUUGUUGUAAAGUUCGAUGGGUCUUUGUUGGAGAAAGCCCAGUACCACACAAGAAAGGAGAGGGGUGUAGUUUAAUGGUGGCCGACUUUGUGUGUGCAGAGUUUGGGUGGUUGCGUGGACCGAAUGGUGAAUCUGCGAGAGUAACAAUGUUUCCCGGGGGCAACAAAGAUGGAUGGUUUACAAACAACCGUGUCAUUCUUCAACUAGAGGAUGCUGUCAAAAUUGUCAACGAACACUUCCCCCAGUUCACUCACAUAUUUGUGUACGACAAUGCUCCUUCGCACACGAAACGCUCGCUUUCCUCACUUUCCGCUUAUGGAAUGCCCAAGGGUCCGCUUCUGGACUGGCCUUACUACAAGGACAAGGACGACAAACGCGUGUUUGUGAGAAUGGAGAAUGGUUUUCUCCCAGACGGCUCACCCCAGGAGUUCUAUGACCCAAACAAACCCAAUCGUUUCAAGGGAAUGUCGUGGAUUCUUCGAGAGCGCGGUCUCGGUCAUCUUGCCGAUUUGAACGCAGUUUGCACGAAGGGAUGUGAACCAGGGAAGACUGACUGUUGCUGUCGUCGGGUAAUGAUGAACCAGCCAGAUUUCAAUAAUCGUGAAUCAGGCUUACAAGAGGCUGCUCGAGAGCUGGGAACUGAAGUGGUAUUUCUCCCAAAGUACCACUGUGAGCUGAGUAUGAUAGAGCAAGUCUGGGGAUACGCAAAAAGAGACUAUCGAGAUAAUCCCCCUAAUAGUAGCUCAAAAAAGUUGAAGGAGAACGCACUAAAGGCAUUAGAAUCACCCCCAAUUUUAUCGAUGCGCAAGUUCGCUGCUCGUUCUCAACGUUUUGCCGAUGGAUAUGACCAUGGUAUGGACGGGUCCCAAGCUGCUGCGUGGGCUACAACGAUAUUCAAACAUCACCGAGAGACCCCAGCACAUAUUCCGUACGACGAGAUUGCUCCUAACUAUAAAGAAUGGGAUCGACUAAUCAUGCCGCUCUCCGUUAUUACGGCAACUAGUGCCGCGGCGUUGGCCAUACCUUCCCCGUUCGAUACUCCAAACUUGAACUGGGUUGCGACAGCGCUUUACGUUGUAGCAUUCGGUCUCUCUCUUGAAGGCCUCGUCCUGAUCAUGUACCUCACAGUAUUUGGCGCAGGAUCUGAUCCAGAGAUGAUUGGUCGUCUGGCCUCGGGUAAGGGCUUUUUGGUCGGGAUGUCUGGUCCUGUGGCGUUUGUCACCGCGUUACCGACAGCCAUUACAACCUAUUCCUCCUUGUUCUUGCUCGCCGGCCUGCUGGUAAUGACUAUAGUAGCAGACGAUCCAAGCGAUAUCAAGGAUCAUGCCCUCCUCAUCCCACUUCAGCCUUGA